UGAAAAUGAGGACAGGGUUGCAGACGAAGUUUCCGGGGAAGUUUCUCAAAAUUUUCUCCACGUUAGAUUUAGAUAUUCCAUCGUCUAAACCCAUCUAAAUAUAGAUUUGGUAAAUUGGUCUUGCUCUUGGAACUUGCCUCUGCUUCCUUCAGGGAAGGAUGAUGGCAUCUAUCCAGCAUAUUGGUGCCAAAAAUAUCCUGCAUCUACCCCUCCAACACAAUGGCAUUAUUUACCAUGGAGAAGAUUCUGAACUGUCAUCUCCAGAGUUUGAAACUCCAAACACAAACAAAAUACAUACAAAAAGAUCAAGGCAUGAUUCUGGUAUAGGAGGAGAUAUUGCAGGACCAGCAAAGAGAGCAAGAAAGCCUAAUUUUGUUGUAAAGAGUAGAGAAAUGCAAGCAUUCUUCAGGCUUUUAGAUGAUACUGUAAUCCAUGAGUUUCUGAUGAGGGACUUAUGCAGAAGAAUUUCUGACAAGUAUCUUUUAGCAAUGGUGUUUGCCUACUUUAAACGAGCAGAUCUUGAAGUGAAAGAAUACAACAGAAUGACAUUCUUUGUUGGAUUAUAUCUAGCUAAUGACAUGGAAGAAGAUGAAGAAGAUGCUAAAUAUGAGAUUUUCCCAUGGGCCCUAGGAACCAACUGGAAGGAUAACUACCCAAGGUUUCUACGCAAGAGGGACAGGUUCUGGCAAAAGAUUGAUUAUCGUGCAGUUGUCAGCAGAAAAUGCUGUGAAGAGGUUAUGGCAAUACAGAGAGAUCACUAUAUCUGGCGAAGGGAGAGACCUGAACACCAUGCAGGAGCUUUAAGGAACCACUUAAGAGAUGAUGACUGGUAUCCAAGGGGUCCAAAUAAGUCCCCUCGUAAGUGUCAUAUGUGCAAGUCACCACCACAGGAGGAUACUGAAACAGACACCACUGACGAUUCCAGCGAAUCAUGGUACCUUUCAUCAUGCAGUGAUUCUUCACCAGAAUUCUCUCAUCCAAGAGUGAAAACUGUACAUGUUGUGUCAAAUUCACGCUUUGAUAUGCAAGGUUUGCAGCUGACUUUACAAGAGGAGAAUGAACAAAUAUGGCCAAGUUAUAUUAUGACUGCUGUUCAAACUCAAUGCUGAAGAAUAACUGAAUUCAAGACUGAGAUAUCAAUGACGUUGAUGCUGAACAGUUGUAGCUGUAUGGUGAACAAACCGAAUGAAGCUGGACUUCAUUUGAGAGUGACACAUAUUUGACCCUCGGUUAGCAGCAAGAUUAGGAGAAAAGUUGUACAGGUUGUUAUUUCGUUGAGCAAGUGAUAAAGUUUUUUUGUCAUUUUUAUCACCAUCAAUGAGUGGUGACAUGGUAUUAUAUUAUAGCCACCAUUUUUUCAGGUUAAUGUCUUAUUUAUAUUAUGUUACAGCAUGACUUUCUCGUUCCAUGCACAUUGAUGAUUAUUUCAUGUUGUAGCUGUUCAACAACAAGGAUAAUGUGUUCACUAGUCAGAACAUGUAUACUCCUUAAUAUUAUAGAGGUGCUCUCAGAAUGCACUUUUUGCAUCACAUUUCAGUGUUAUAAAUACUGUAGUUAAAAGUUCAUUUCUAGUCAGUUGACAUUGUACUUUGACAUUUUCAAUUCAAUGUUAUCUCUGAUUGUGAUUUUUGAUGUAAUGUCAAUGAGAAUGGCCUGUAAUUUAGGUCCUCACAACUAGUCGGGCAUAAAGGCCGAAUGUAGUCAUAAAAUAAGGCCAGCCACAAAUAUUUCAAAAUAUAUACAUGUGUGUACAUAAAGUAUUUAAGCCCCUGCUAUUUUUCUAUCAUGUUACAGGGUUAUAUUAUGAGGUUUAAUCAUAAAUUAUGCCAUAAACAAUUCAAUGUAUAAAGUAAUUUAACAUAUUUCUCAAAAGUUAUGUCUAACAUCAUUUGCACUUGUCCCCACCUGGUUAUAAAGACUUUACAUCUUUUUAACAAAAUGGAUGCACUUCUGUUGGAGGAAUUUUUUAUUUUCACCAUCUUCACCAAGAAGGAGGUUGAUUUAUCCAAAUA